UUAUUUCUCUCUUCUUCUUAUUUGCUUCUUCGCUCUCGUUUCCUCCAACAAUCUCCAUGGCAGCUCCGUCUCUCAAUCUCCUCCUCAUUUUCUCUAUUCUCGUCUUCAUUUCACUCCCGAGAUCUGAAUCUCUCUCCGAUAAUCCAUCUCUCGUUCUUCUACCCGACGGAUUCGACUGGCCGAUCUCUCACUCCGACGAAUUCGACCUCAUCGACGGUGAAGAAAGCUUCGAAGUCGCGGAGGAAGACGACGGCGGCGGCGUAGAUCGACGGUCACUGUACUGGCGGAGGACGAAGUAUUACAUAUCGUACGGUGCAUUGUCGGCGAAUCGAGUGCCGUGUCCUCCCAGAUCUGGAAGAUCGUACUACACUCAUAACUGCUUCAGAGCUAGAGGUCCCGUUCAUCCGUACAGCCGAGGCUGCUCGUCGAUCACUCGAUGCCGGAGAUAGAAGAAGAAGAAGAAGAAAGCUUGAAACUCCAU